CCUAUCUUUUCCUAUCUACCGCUUUGGACAAGGUGCUGGUCUGUUCGAAAGGCUUUAUUCCCAUUCUGUGUUGAGAAUUUGCUGGUAUAAAAUUUCAGCAAACCAUUCUCUAGGGAAUCCGUUCAAGCCAUGGCCAUCUGGACAUCUGUAUGGAUCAGGGGAUACCAAGGCUUUGUCGGGCCAGACGCUCUCUCUGAUAGCCAUAUAUCCGGAGAGUAGAACUUCUGCAGUAUCUCCAGGACGAUGGAUUUGUUUGAUUUUUACCCCGUCUGGUCACAUUGCUCCGAUGAAUGUCAAGAGGAUUCUUACCGAACCCCUAUUCGAGUUGCCUUUGGCGCUAUGCCUAUUCGCCUCCUUCACACUGAGAGACGUUGUCACCGACUGGGAAGAAUUACUGCAAUACAUGGAAAGUCUUGUGUCAGUUCACAAAGUCAUUGUCAAUCCCGAAGAGCAUGAUCGACUUCUUUUUGAUGACGAGAGGUUCUCUCGAUCAAGACUGUACUUCUGGAUGCUCAGCAGUUUGGCAACAUUCGUCCAUAUGAUGGAAGACACCAAACUAAACUGCGAGCGACUCCAGGAAUAUGUUCGAGAGCAAUACCCUGAUACGACUAAUUUCUCGAUGAUGGAGAGUGAUGCCUUGGAAGCCAUAGGCCCUCACAUAGCCAGAUUGGACCAAGUGACGAGGCGAGCAAAGACACUUCAACAAAGGGUUGUCGCAUUCCGCGAUGGGCUCUUCAAUGCUAGCUCAGUGCUUGAGAGCCGAGCAGCAAAUCGCUUGAGUGAGAACGUGAAGCUGCUCACGUAUGUGAGCAUCUUCUAUCUGCCUCUGGGCUUUUGUGCAUCCCUGUGGUCCACAACCGAUACAUUUAGCUGGAACGGUCUCAAAUUUGCCAUGGUUUUGACUGCCGUAAUCACAUAUCUCGUCACCUUCAACCUCAACCAGCUCGUGAAAUUGUCGCGAAGCAUAUACGACGUCGGAAGGAAAAAAGUCGUCAAAAGUAUGACUGAGUCUGACAAUGAUGACUGGCAAAAGAGAGCCGCCAGGUUCGGACAAUUUCAACCACCUCCUUUAAAACCACAACCGUCAGAAUGGCUUUUACUUUGGUAUCUAUCUGAGGCUAUCUUUGCCCCAAUCUGGACAGCAGUGUCAAGACUCUGUCGAGCAAUAUUUUCGUCCUCAGAUACUGCAUCGAGCGUACCACAUGAGAGUUUAGCACCAAGCCACUGUGGAAGUGGGCCACAGGAAGUCAAAGAAGAAAGCAUUACAGAAAAUGUCACCGCUGAAGCGCUCCCUGCAGAGGAUGACGCAAAGCCCGAAAACAUGACGGAAGAUGCGAAACAUUCAGCCAUCGAUCACCAAACUUCUGAUGCGGACCCGACACCAGAGUUUCAAGCAACCUCGGGAGCAUCUGAACAGGACAAGAACGCUGGUAGCAUCCAUACGUCAACAGCAUCCGGAAAUCUAGCCCCAACACCAGUCGUGGGCUCCAUGUCACACCCAUCAAAUACGAACCUUCCGAUACCCGGUCUGUUACGUAGACAUUCCAGGAAAGCACCAGAUCUAGAAGCAGGCGCCGGAGCCACUGAUGAGUGCGAGAGAGAUUGAGAGAGAGAUCGCGAGGGAGAGAGGCUGGGAAAGCGAACAUGAAUAAGAGACGCAAGGCGAAAAUUGAUUGGGUUAGUGAUACAGAAAGGAUAAAUGAGGAUGAUUUUAGUUUCCUGAACCGGACUCCAGCAGGUGCAACAAGAACAAAAGAAAUUGCCUGACAACAAGUAUAGCACAUCC